UUACACCUCUCACAGAUGGGUGUGGCAGAUGACAGGAUGAAAAGUGCAGCCGUGCUGGUGGAGUCUAGGGAGGAGUCAGGACUGGAGGAACAGUCAGCUGAUGUAGGGGAGUUGCACGACAGUCGAUCCCUGCACUGUGUGGCCAGUACAGACAUCAGCAACCUGCCCACAGCAGAGGGAGGUAGACCUUCACUCCCCACAGUCGCAGAAACUUCUGCUGUGUCUUCAGAGGACACGCUUCAGGAAAUGAGGCAACAGCUCAAGGAGUUGGAGAAGAUGUGGAAAGCGUCCGUCAACUCGCAGAUGGCAGGCUUUCAGAGGAGGAAUAACGAGUUUGAGGAACUGAAUGCCAUACUGCGCAGGAAUGUCAAGAUAGCAGAGAAAGUCUGCAAAAGGACUAAGGAGAUGAUGGCUAAUCUCAAGGAACAGGGGUACUUGGAUAUCCUUGAAGCUGCUCCUCAGCCCCAGAAGUCACCCCGCAGGAGGAGGGCAGGCGUAAAUGCGGGAGUAUCAUCCAAAGAUACGUGUACCUCCGACGUCAGUCUGGUUGUCGAGCUACGACGUGCCGUGUCCAGCAACAACGACAUCCAGGGUGCUGACGCGACCUCAGCCAUGUCUGAAAACACAGACCAAAGCUUGUUUGCUACAGUCCCGGACUCUAGUUCCGCCGAUGUAGACAAGCAUGAUGACCUACAGUACGUGUGGUAUGAAGGAGCCUUACAGAACUCCGGCCAGCGCAGAUCUGUUGCCAUGGACAACGGCAGUGACAAUACAAGCCUGGACUCUAGGUCUGUCAAUGUAGACAAGCAUGAUGACCUACAGUACGUGUGGUAUGAAGGAGCCUUACAGAACUCCGGCCAGCGCAGAUCUGUUGCCAUGGACAACGGCAGUGACAAUACAAGCCUGGACUCUAGGUCUGUCAAUGUAGACAAGCAUGAUGACCUACAGUACGUGUGGUAUGAAGGAGCCUUACAGAACUCCGGCCAGCGCAGAUCUGUUGCCAUGGACAACGGCAGUGACAAUACAACCCCGGACUCUAGUUCCGUCGAUGUAGACAGGCAUGAUGACCUACAGUACGUGUGCUAUGAAGCAGCUAUGCAGAACUCCGACCAGCGCAGAUCUGUUGCCAUAGACAACGGCAGUGACAAUACAACCCCGGACUCUAGUUCCGUCGAUGUAGACAGGCAUGAUGACCUACAGUACGUGUGGUAUGAAGGAGCUAUGCAGAACUCCGGCCAGCACAGAUCUGUUGCCAUGGACAACGGCAGUGACACCACAGGCCUGGACGCAGCAUUGUCUGAGCUGACCGACAUGGGUGACCAGCACGAGGAGUCGACUGUCCAGGAGAACACAGCUCCCACACUGAAGAAGAAGAACAGAGUGCAGAAGCUCAAGAGGUGGUUCCAGCGAAAGGGCCGCAAGUUUGUCAACAAGAUCCGCCGCCGCUGAAGCUGUGAGGGUAGCUAGACUGUCUGAUUGUGCUCCAAGUUAUUCAGCUUGUGAUGUGAAUUACUAAAACCUUUUUUGUGUGAUAAGUGUGCACUGUACAUGUGUAUUGACUGCAAUUUUGUUAAAUGUUAAAUGCUAAAACCACAAAAGGAACAAAGUAGUGGCAGGGAACAAAGACAAGCUUGUCCCUCAGUUCCAAAGAAAAAAACAAAAAAAAAACAAAUAAAUUUUAAAAAACACGAAAUAUAAUCAUGUACAGUCAGUAAAAGUUGUUAAUGCUUGCACUGAACCUUUUGUUUUGGGUUGGAUACCCAUCAGUGUGUCAUCACGUAAGUGUUUUAGUGGUAAUCAGGGUUGUAGCCAGCACCCGUCCUUCCGUCCUUAUUUUGCAGCUGGGGAUGGAAAAAAAUGCUGCCAUUCCGUCCUCUGUGACAGACGAAAAAUGAUAUGUAAAGACGUAAUAGAACUGUCUCCCUUGUGUAAUUUUUCACCAAAACAUAUGCCGCUGAACAGCCUAGUCUACCAGCAAACUUACACCUCAAAAUACAGGAAAUAGCAUUUCAGAGGGUCUAGAUUUAGAUUUUCUGGGGGAACAUGCCAGCGGACCCACUAGGAACGUCAUGUCUUUGGUGCAACGUCUCGUGCCUUGAUCGCUCGAUAGGAUUCAAAAUCGAGGGGAUGGAAAAUGAUUUCAGGCUGGCUACAACCCUAACUGGUGGUAAUGUUUUGCUUUGGCACAUCUCCCAGUGUAUACCAAUGUCUAUAAGAUAAGCAUUAAGUGUAGUGAAGAGCCAUGUUUUUAAUGUGUACAAAAUGCAUAUAAAAUGCUUGAUUAGAUCAUUGAGCUGUGU